AAUUGGAUUUUCAUCUCCCUGCACUGCUCUCUUCCAUCCACGAAAGCCCUAGCAAUUCGGGGAUCGGAAGACUAUAAACCCUAGAUCAUGAGGGGCGCCAAGCAAUUGAAGCAGCUGAAGCUCGAUGUUACCCCCCAGGAAGCCCCCGUCGACAAAUUCCUGACGGCGAGUGGCACGUUCACGGAUGGGGAUUUGCGGUUGAAUCAGAGGGGACUGCGGUUGAUCUCUGAUGAAACUCAAACUAGUCAGCCACCAGAUGUGGAAGAUGUAGAGUUCUCUAGGGAAGAUCUUGAGACCAUUAAAGUCAUAGGGAAGGGAAGUGGAGGAAUUGUUCAACUGGUGCGCCAUAAAUGGCUUGGAACAUUUUAUGCUCUAAAGGGUAUUCAGAUGUGCAUUCAGGAAACAGUUCGUAAACAAAUUGUGCAAGAACUUAAGAUAAAUAAGGCCUCUCAGUGCCCUCACGUUGUUGUUUGUUACCAUUCUUUCUACCACAAUGGUGUUAUUUCUCUAGUACUUGAGUACAUGGACCGUGGGUCACUUGCAGAUGUAAUUAAGCAAGUCAAAACAAUUCUUGAGCCAUAUCUAGCAGUUGUCUGUAAGCAGGUUCUGAAGGGUUUAGUAUAUCUGCAUCAUGAGCGACAUGUAAUUCAUAGGGAUAUAAAGCCAUCAAACUUGUUAGUCAACCAUAAAGGUGAGGUGAAGAUCACAGAUUUUGGAGUAAGUGCAGUGCUUCUCAAUUCCAUGGGUCAGCGUGAUACAUUUGUUGGCACCUAUAACUAUAUGGCGCCUGAACGAAUUAGUGGAACCUCAUAUGACUACAAAAGUGACAUCUGGAGUUUGGGCUUGGUAAUCCUUGAGUCUGCAACUGGCCAUUUUCCUUACACAUCAACAGAGACAGAAGGAUAUUUGAGUUUUUAUGAACUUCUAGAGGCUAUUGUGGAUCAACCACCACCUUCUGCUCCCUCAGAUCAGUUCUCCCCAGAGUUCUGUUCGUUCAUAUCAGCUUGCAUACAGAAAGACCCUAAGCAACGCCUGUCAUCCUUGGAGCUCCUGAGUCAUCCUUUCAUCAAAAAAUUUGAGGACAAGGACAUCGAUCUGGCAAUUCUUGUUGGCAGCUUAGAUCCUCCUGUAAACUUAGCUGAGUGAUGUUAAUGCUAUCAUUUCUAAGUGUUGGUAUGUGUACAAUCCAAAUUGUGACUGGAUUGCUGGGGAAAACUCGUUGUCAACCCAUUCGAUCAAACAGCCUCUUUAUAUGAACCAAAGCGCUGCUUAGAAAACCAGAAUGAUCCGUGGAUCUUGACAUUCUCAAUGGAUUGAAGAUGCCAUACCUAUUGUUAUCAGUCGACAAAUCUCUUUUUCAGGGGACCAAAAGUUCUACUGUAUUUUACAUUUUACCAUGGAAAACUAGCACUUAUCUUUUCAUAAGUUGUACGUAAUAUACGGCUAAAGUAAUACUGGUUGUUCAUGUGCUAUGACUGAUGGAUUCAGAAUAUUUUUCAUGAUCGACUUUUAGUGGUUGUAAA